AAUGGGAUAUAAAAUCGGGCCAGGCUAGGCUCCGUUACAAUUUCUAACUCGUAUAUCCUGUUGCGAUACCGUUUCCGGUGGUUACAGUACAAGUGCUUAGGCCUAUCCUCCAUCUGGUAUCUCACUUCCUCGUCCAGGAGAAAGUCUUGACAACGGCUCUUCCCUACAUGUACAGUACUAAUUUUCAACGACGAUCCUAAGAUAAAUGUGCAAAGUGCCCUGAAUAUUUACCCAAAAUCUCGCCAGACUACUCUACUCUAUUGAUUUAAGGAAUAAAUAGUACAAGGGCUGGUACGUGCUGGUGUUGGAAUACCUCCAUUCCAACACUUCCACUUUCCGUCCAGGCGUUCCCAGAUUCCACGAUUUUAGACCCGCACAUGCAAGGCUUGUUACCCCGCAUUUCACUCCGCCCGUCAGCUUAACCGAGCUGAUAAGCAGCUCCUCAACGGAGAACAUUGUUAUCCUAUCAAGAGCUGCUGGCGGAGCGCCAACAGAGAACACAAACAGUAUGAUAUGAUGCCCACCCAAGUAAUCCCUUCCUUAGCUCACAUACCCCCGACACACCCUCAUCCUACAGGCAGAGCAAUCACAAGGAAAGGGUGUCUCCAGCGAGUAGAUUAAUUUUCAGCCGAGCGGUGUGGUGACAUCGCAUCGCGCAGGGCAGAAAAGCUAGGGAAAUGAAAAAAAAUACGAUAAUUAAAAAGUAUCAAUCCACAUGUCAUGCCAUAAUACUUUCCAACGGAUAUAAAAACCCCCGUCUCUAUCCUUUUUCUCUCGAGACCUUGCCAUGCUCUAUGCCCCCUCCACAGAGAACAGAUACCGUACGACACGGCGGUGGGGUCGUCUUACGUAACCCUCCAAACCCGAGUCACUCUCGCGGCGCCUGGAGGGAAAGCAUCCACCUCGGAACAAAGCUGGUUAUUUUAAUACCAAUAUCUACGGUUAACUUGCCACUGUAGAGGGAUGGGGGAGGAAUGGGCCGGGGAAAGCGCUUUUUGUUGGGAGCACGAAUGGUAGGGUGGAUGGGCGAAGGAAAGGAUGUAUGGAUGAAAGAAAUGCAUGCUCCCACCAUCGCUGAAUUUCUCGCUGUCUGCUCGCUGUAGGUUAUUCCGGCAAUAAUAAAACAUGAAUUAGCAAACAUAGCCGCUGCUGGUGUGAUGGGCGCGGAGGCCCGGCAAAUGAGUGGGGAGGAGAGAGGGCGAGAGGCAUUAUCUGUUGGUGUUGGGAUGAAAACCAAGUGUGCAGCCUCGAAAUGUGGGAGCUCUGAGGAAGCGACAUUAAUGAUCGCUGGCUGGAUUAACGGAUCCGGAACACCUACACAUGACCUGUGCUACGCACCCUGGCGGGAACGAAAGGACAAACUCGAGAUACCCCUCAUUUGUUUUGCUUUAUUCUAUCUUCAUCCUUCUUCCUCUGCUAUUACUCUCCUCCUCUUUCCCUCUUCUCCCCUCUUCCAACCCCACCGCCGUGAGUGACUUUAUUCACACCCACGGCUACACACCAACCCUUUCUUUACCGCGUCCGUCCCAGAGCCGACGGGACCGGCUAACAUUGUGUCCUACAUCCAGCUCCCAACGUCCUGGUUCUGAUCUUUCCAACUCGGGUCUAUUUCCUCCCUUCAAAGGUA